UUUUCUCUCUUUCUUUUUUCGUCUUUAUUUCUCUGUCUUUUCCUCUCACUUUGAAAAGUGAAAAUAAUAGAAAAAAAUCUCAACAAUUUAAUUUAAUUUGGAAUUAAUUUGAUUAUGGCUUCUUCCGGUGUUCGUGGUUAUUCUGAUGGAUUCUCCAGGGGUGGUAGAGACCGAGGAGGAUCAGGCGGAAGAUUCCAGGAAGAUUCUUAUAAUUCACCUUAUCCUGACCAAGCUUCACGAUUUGAGCCACCUUACCAAAUUUAUGUCGGAAAUUUGCCUUCCAAUACUGUACAAGGCGAUAUUGAUGUCAUCUUUAAAAGUUUGAAGAUUAGCACUAGUCGUCUAGUUCGAGAUAGAGAAUCUGAUAUAUUUAAAGGUUACGGAUUCGUGGAAUUUCAAGAUGUAGAAUCACUUAAAAAAUCACUCGAACUCGAUGGUGCGGAAUAUUGUGGGCGAGUAUUACGUAUACAUCCGUGUGAUAAUAAACGUAAAGAUCAAAACCGAAAUGCAAGAGGAGGUUUCGAUCGCAAUAGGGGACCUCAAACAAUGAACAAUCGAGGUAGAGGAGGCAAUGGUGGUGGAGGUGGUGGUGGUUUUGUACCACAGAAUCGGGGUGGUUUCUUCAAUGAUAGAGAUGAUCAAAGAUCAGGAAGUGGAGGAAAUGGUGGUGGUGGUUAUAAUGAUAGAAGCUUCAAUGAUCGAGGAUUCAGAGGCAGAAACUUUGAUGAUCGUGGUAAAAAUAAUUUUGGUAAUCGUUAUGGUGGUAAUCGAAACUAUAACAAUCGAGAUCGUAAGCCUGCUCCCGCUUACGAACCUUCUGAGUUCAAAGAGCCAACCGACGAGGAGAUUGCUAAUCGACCUAAACUAAAACUUUUGCCUCGUAGCAAAGCUGAACCAGUCAACGAUUUGGCUGAUACUAAAGACAGAGACGCCAUUUUUGGAGGCGCUCGACCUAGAGAUGAAAAAGUUUAUGAAGAAAGACGAAGAAAAGAGUCUGAAAAAUCAGAAGACGUUGCAUCCAAUUAAUUGUGUUUGCUUCUUUCUCGUAUUCUACUGAUCACACUCACAACCAUCAAUAAUUAAAUGUUGAUCGCGCUUCUUCAUUUUCAAAAAGACGCUACUCAGAAUUUUCAAUUUCUUCACAAAAUCUUCUCUUUUUUUCCUGUUGCAUGGAUGAAAAAUCAAUCAACUAAAAAAUUAAAAUCAUUCAAAAUCCAGUAAUUUAUCAAUCAUGUAUAAAACGAAAAACACCAAAACCAGCCAAUCAACCAGCACAUCAACAUCAGCAAACAACAACAACAAAAAACAUUAUAUAACACACACAUACACACUACACAUACACUAAAAUUAAUUAAUUAAUUGACCGACCGAGAAGCUAAAGACAUAUACUACCUAUGGACUUUUCUUCCGCAAUCAUACCCAAAUUACCAAUUAACAAAUGGUAAAAAUAAUUAGCUUGUUACAUAUAAACACAAAAAUAUGAAAUCAACGCAAAAAUCAUUUGGAUGUAUGGACACAAUGGAUAAACAAAAUUGAUUCUUACAAUUGUAUUCUAAUAUCUUCAUGUGUCAAUCUUACAUUUAUCCUCUUUUUUGUCUUUUUUCAUUUCUCGAAAUGAAAAUUUAUGUCGCUUCGAAAUUUUUGUUGGCCCUUUUUUUCUUCUUCUUUAGGAUCUGCUUUUUUUGUCAUUCUCUCUCUUUUUUCUUCUCUCUCUCUCUCUCUCUCUCCUUUCUCUCCUUUGUGCUGGUGUAUCACUGGCAGAAUUAAAUUUUCACAUCACUCUAA